GUUGACAGUUGACACCUUUCGGCCAGCCGGCGAGGCCGGGGUGGCGGCACGGUGGGGCGUCGGCGGCGCAGGAAGCGCGCGGUGUCGAGACUCGAGAGGAGGAGCGCUCGAGCGCUUUGUGCGGCGGCAGGGAGGAAAAAGGAAAAGUGGUUUAGGGUUUUGUGGAUUUUGCACGAAUCUCAAACCAAUUCAAUGGUCUAAAAUUUGCAAGAUAUUAGGAGGGGUUUUCUAUCAAAGAUUAAAAAAUAAACUCCCCCUUCGCUUCUCGCUAGGGUUUAAGCCGGCGGCGGCGGCGAGGUUGUGCAGAUGGCGGAGGCGGCCGUGAGGUGCCUCCGGGACGGGCGCCUCGACGGGGAGCACGCUCCGGCACUUGCCGUGGCGAGUAAUAUCCAGUGCGGCCCGCUCGCCGCCGGCGCCAUGCUCCACCUCGCGGCCGCCGUGGCCUCCAACGCCGCCGCGGGGAAGGCGCAGGCGAGGGGACUGGUGAUCGUGGCGUUCGAUCGGAGCCCGGAGGUGUAUCUCGACUUCAUGCGGCGCCGCGGCCUUGAUCCAAAUGCUUUGAAUCGAUGUGUACGGAUAUUGGAUUGCUAUUCAGACCCAAUUGGAUGGAAUCAGAAGAUUAGAAGUCAGCAGCAACAAGAAAGUGGUGCAGAUCUCUGCUCAGCGAACAAAGAGAAUGUUACAAUUUUCAGAAAUGUGAAGGAUCUUGAUAAAUUGAUGUGCUCCACUAUUGAUCUUGGAAGAGGGUUUGCAGGAGAAGGCAAAAUCUAUUUUUCAAUUGCUGUUGACUCAAUUAGUUCUAUGUUAAGGCGUGCUUCAGUGUCAUCAAUUUCAAGCUUCCUCAGUAAUCUUCGGAGCCAUGAUCAAAUAUCAUCAAUAUUUUGGCUAAUACAUUCUGAUCUCCAUGAACCCAAAUUUUCCCGAGCCUUUGAAUGUCUCUCUACCAUGGUUGCUUCAUUAGAGCCAGCUGUGGUUGAUUCUGUUUAUGAGGAAGAAAUUCCAGGGAAUAUUUCUUUCCUGGAGGAAAAUUAUUCUAAAGCAAAGUUUUAUUUACGCCUAAAACGGCGGAAUGGACGGGUCAAGCACCUUUACGAGGAGUUACAUGUUGAGGGAAAUGAUGUUAGAUUUGUUUCUGCUCCUUCUGUAAGUACAGAAGUGAGCCAAAGUCUGUUGCCUAAGGUUCAGUUCAAUCUUGAGCUGUCAGAGAAGGAGUGCAGUGACAAGGCAAAUGUUGUUCUUCCUUUUGAACAUCAAGGAAAGGGUGAGCCUAUCCAUAUAUACGACGGACGGAGAUCUCUCCCAGAGGCUCAACAAGAUAGCAAUUUAACUGCAUCCGCUCUCCUGGAUGAAGUAAAAUUUCCUAAAUCUGCAGCUCCAAAGGGUGAAAUUCAUUACUUUCGUGAUUCUGAUGAUGAGCAACCUGACUCCGAUGAAGACCCAGAUGACGAUUUGGAUAUUUGAGUUCCACCCAUGGUGUGAGCACCUUAUCUGCAUACAGAAUGCCUUGAUCGUACUUGCGAGGUAACCGAUAGCCCCGAUCAGAACUUAUAAUCAUGAGUAGUAUUAGUAUUUGUUACACCUCUGUUUUCUGUUCUUUACACUGAUGGUAGUGUUUUUGUGACAAGAUAAUAGAAUGAUAGUCCGUCCGUGCUACACACUACCUUGUACUGUUAGUGCAUGCAUUCAGUUAUCCCCAAAAUGUUUAAAAAGUGUUUACAUAUGCAAAACAGCAACAAACUACAAUUUCUUGGGGAAACUAAAAUGGAAGCAGGCGACCUUUUUUUUCCCUUUAUUAAAGGAUGGUAGACAAGGAAAGUUUUUAUGAGAAC